CUCGAGACCCUCCCCCGGCUCCCGAGAGUGGAAAGACACGGCGAGCGUCCACCGCGUGCCUUGAGUGCCAGCGGCUGCGAACAAGGGUAAGGUACCGUUUUUAUUUCGAACAAGAGUAUCACUGUCAAAGCCCCUCUUGAUGAACCUUCUGAUCUCCAUCCUGACUCGACCUCACCUCUGCAAUAGUCUGACCUGGGAAACCCCGUUGCAGUGCACCAUAAAAGAUGCGGGAAUACCUUGCACUCAGUGCCGUGUUCACGGUCGUUCUUGCCAGGUCAAUGAGUCCAAGGACAAGCGCCGCAAGGCCGAACAAAAGCGCACCGAGGAACUCCUGAGGAUCUAUAAGAGCCUGUCCUGUCUAGGAUGAGGCAGCCCACCGGGCUCAUCGAGCUUCAAGACCUCCUUAGCGAGUAUGUGAC